AUGAACCGCGGUAGGGCAUCAGCCCGGGGUACCCGGAGAGGCGCUGCUGCUGCUGGUUCGCGAGCAACCGGCGAGAGUAGCGUUGACCCUUCAACUGCUCAAGCAACAUCAGGCAGUGCCACUCCAGCUCCCCAGAGUAUUUCUUCCACACCAACGCGCGGGGGCAAUACUACUCGGGCAACAAGAGCACCUACGGCUGGUCGGUUCCGACCCAAGAACGUUCGUCGAGAUGAAGCAGAGCGAGAUAGCCUGGCCCGCCAGGAGGAACAGAAGGCCAGUGAAAGAGCAGCAGACGAGCGUAAAGCCCGUGGUCGCUCACGGUUCAGAAGUAAAAGGAGCCGUGGUGAUGCUAUGGGCAGGGGCGGGUUUGGUCGAGGAAUCUCUGGAGCAAGUGGUCCCUUCUCUUCCGGCGCAGCAGUCACAGGUUCCGGUGGUCGAGGUGGUGGUGGUUGGUUCGGAGGAGGAGGCGGAGGUGGUUUUGGAGGUGGUCGCGGCGGUGGACGAGGUUUCAAAUCAGACUCCAAAUCUGGCUUCGCGCAGGCAACAAGGAAUCGCGAAGCUCGAAUCAACGCAGAUAAACUCCAUCUCCAUACGCCCGAGGAGGAUCUCGAUAGCGAAGACGAGGCGAUGAUGGAGGCACUCAACUCGAGGACUGUCAGCGUGCUGCCUAUGGGCAUAUACCGAAGAGAGCACAAGGAUGAGGGCAUCGUUGUGGCCACUACAGCAGAAUUAGAAGCUGCCGAAAACGCACAAGCCAUUCCCUCAUCUGCGGCCAAGGAGGAGGAGAGCCUGUGGGUAGACGGCGACGCAGGCGAAUCUCAACCAACAGACGAAAACGGUGAAGACGGAGGCAUCUGGGACAACGAGUCAAAGCCACCGGUUAUCAAGAAGGAGCAGGAUGAUUCAAUGGACUUAGAUCUCGAGAGUAAAAUGGAUACGGAAGCUGAGAGCAAGGAGACCUCCGCGACACCAGCACCACAAGCCAAGAAGCCGGCUCAAGAAUCGGAAGAAACGAUGAUCCAAGCAGAUCUAGAUGUCCUUGCUAACGAAUUGGGCGCUGUCGAAAUCUCCGAGGGUGCAGAGGGAGAGGAGGGGAAAACACAAGGCCCCAGCAACAAGGAUGGCCGCAUGUACCUGUUUCAAUUCCCACCUGUCCUGCCUCCUCUAAAACAAGUCACCCAACCCAAGUCCACAAAGAUCAAGCCCGAGCCUACUGAAGGCGAAGACGAUGUUCUCGAAUCAACACCAGCGGCAGCUGACGCAGAUCCCGUUGAUCUCACCAAUGACUCGAACAGCAAUGGCUUCAACAUCCCUGGAUUCGAAGACCCAGAGCAAAAGGCUGGCUUCAUGUCCAGCCUACUAUCUUCAGGUGGUAUGGUGGGUCAGCUCAAGGUACGCAAGUCAGGCCGCGUGGAGAUGGACUGGGGUGGCAGUACAAUGGAGCUGAGCCCUGCCGUGGGAAUGAACUUCUUAACAACGGCCGUCAUUAUUGAAGAGAAUGAUGAAAAGCCACGGCCAGGUGUCGUUGGAGGAGAGAGUAUUGGUAUGGGUAAGAUCAUGGGUCGUUUUGUCCUCGCGCCCAAGUGGGACGAGGAGGAGGAAUGGGAGGUCUCAUCCGAGGACCUUAGAACGCAAUAG